AUGGAAGAUUUUAAUCCAAAAAGUGAAUUUUAUAUUCGAAUGAACAAGUAUUAUUUGGACAAACCGGGAAAAAAGCCAUAUACAAAUAUGAAGAUUGAGACAAUUAUGGCCGAAAUUACUGAUGCUAAAUUAAACAAAGGUGCAAAGAAAAGACGUGAUUAUUAUAUUUUACAAAAAUAUGAUGUAUUAACUGUGGCCGAGAAGAAAUAUUUAAUUCAUAAAAAAACUGACGACAAAGAUGAUAUAAAGUAUGUUGUGUCAUAUGAAGAAUUGUUCGAAAGACUAAGUGAUUAUCAUAUACGUACUGGACAUGGUGGUAUGGGGAAAAUGCGUGCGGCACUGUCCAAUAAAUAUUCGAUUCCAAGACCAGCUAUUGAAACUUUUCUAUCAAUAUGCGCAAUUUGUAAUAGUAAGAAAGGGUCAAAUCGUAAAUUGGUUAUCAAACCAAUUGUAAGCAAAGACUUCAACGAGAGAGGUCAAGUUGACUUGGUGGAUUUCCAGUCAUUACCUGACGGAAAAUAUAAAUGGAUUUUAAACUAUCAAGACCACCAUACAAAAUUUAUAUCUUUAUUUCCACUUGAAAGUAAACGAGCGGUCGAAGUAGCAUCUAAUUUACUCACAAUUUUUUUAACUUUUGGUGCACCGAAAGUUUUACAAAGUGAUAACGGUAGAGAGUUUGUAAAUUCUGUUAUUAACGAAAUUAAGGAACUUUGGCCGGAGUCAGGGAAGUAUUGA